AUGGUCACCACGCGAAACAACACGUCCACAGACGACGCGCCGUCGCAGCCUUCGCCGACCAAACGCGCGACGCGCAAUUCAACCACGAAUGGCAAGUCCUCGGUCAGGAGCGCGAAAUCACCAGCGAGAGAAACAGCUUCGCCUCCAGGUACACCGACGAGAACGCGCGCAUCUACAUCUGCGACGUUGACCGGCUGGUCGCAUACACCAAGCAAUCUUACGUUGAUAUGGCUUGCGAUCAGCCUGCCUCUGGUCAUCUGGGAUACUGGUUAUGUUCUUCUGCGACCUCACUCAAUGCCAGGCGGCAAAUACCACAAACCUCUCUGGAUUCCGUAUGAACUUUACGGCACUGUGGACUACGUCUACGGGAUUGAAGCGCUGGAGAGCAACAAUGGUUGGACAGCGACGCAAGGUUGGGUCAAUGCAUUGGAGACUGCAGCCUAUAGCGUGUAUUUGUAUAUUGUGUACAAGUAUGGCGAGCAAGAGCCGAUCCAAGGACCGUUGAGCGAGAGCAGGACGCUCAGCGGCAAGUAUGCGACUGGAGCUGUUCUGCUCGCAUACAGCACUGCUUUCCUGACCUUCUGGAAGACCGUACUUUAUUGGUUGCUCGAGGCAUUCGGAGGCUUCCACAACAUUGGUCACAACAGCCUUACGAACUUGAUCUUCUUAUGGAUCAUUCCGAACGGAGCAUGGCUGAUUUUUCCAGCGUACAUGAUGUAUGUGUUCGGAAGUGAGAUUCUGCAAGGUUUGGAAGUUGCUGCAAACACCACGAAGAAGACGAGAUGA